GUAUCUAAAAUCUGUAGUCUCCGGAAGAGCGUAUCUCACAUACCUGCGCAGUAGCAUACAUGAGCUGCCACGGAGACCCAGUGGGCUGAAUAUCUUGUCAGUUCCUGGAUCAUAGCUGUAGUGUAGUCGGUGAGCCAGUAAACCUCGAACGUGACAAAUCUAACACAACCAUUGGACCUGGAAAUGGUGGUAUAUUCAUAGGUAACUUGCCGAAGAUAAUCAGUGAAAGAUGUUUGGGAUUGAAUGCUAUGUGUCCCAACAUGAGGGCUUCAAGGGGAACGUCAAGACCAGUCCCAAAGAUUUCCAAGUGACUGAAAUUUCACCAGACGGGAGGCUGGCAUCAUUAAUAGAUAUCAAAAUCGAUCUCAGUUCAAAGCUUGGCAUCAAAUUUAGAGAUGGAUCAGAACACUCCAAUACAUCUGCUAUAGACUCUACACCUACACCCCUACACUCUAAAGCUGCAUCUGAUACUAGCACGAGUACCUCUGUCAUAGACUCCCACAUCCAAAGUGAAUUGUCUUCCAUCCAGGUUAACAAGGUAAAAGUAAGUCAGGAGGGCUUCAUUCCAAAAGACUCUAGGAAAUGUCUGGAAAAUGUACUGGAUAAGGACAUUUUUAUUGAACUGGAAAAAUUUGCCACAAUUGAGCUUAAAUCGCUCGGUAGGUCUAAUCCUGAGUCAUGUACAGAGACAAAUACAGCUAGCUCAACCAUCCUGGAACCUCACCAAGCCCAUCUCAAUCUAGGCCUCAUCUCAAGCAAGGAGUCUCGUACUAUCAUUCACAAAUGUGUGAGGCACUUGUACCCACAUCUUAGAACAAAGGUUCACAAGGUACCUGAUCAGGGGGGACUAGAGAUUCACAUUUCAAGGGAACCUGGGAUAGCCGAAUUCCAAGACCUACAAAUUCCUUUAUCAAAAGUACUAGAAUUUUUCAAAUUUGUGGAGCUUAGAGAUCGUGAGCAGACCUUUUGCUUUGAGGGGCUGGAGUCCAAAGACCAGAGGACCAAGUUACAUCGUUUGGUUGCUAAGCACUAUGGAUCUUUCCUGGAAACUAAGACCUUUGGAGAUGGAGCAUCCACUAGAGAACAUCAGAAGAUUGUGGUACGCUUCAGACAAAUCAAGGACCAUAAGAAGAGGAAAGGGGGAGACGGUCACUCUGCUCGAGAUUCAGUAUUAACCGGGUUCACUCUGCAGAAGACCAACACAGAAACACUGUCUGCCAUACAGCAACUAGCCAGACUGAUGGGAGUCCAAAUCUCUGACUUCACCUAUGCUGGCAUCAAGGAUAAGAAGGCUGUCACUACUCAGGAAAUGGCUGUGAAAGGGAUCACAAUCACAAGACUACAAGAUGUUUCCAAGGAGCUCCCUGGGUGGCUGAAAGUAGGUUCCAUUCACUCCAGGAACAAAUCUAUGGUUACUGGUGAGCUUUGGGGAAACCACUUUGAUAUCACUCUUCAGAACAUAGAAAUGAAGAAUGGAUCAAAUGAGGUGAGAGCUGGAACCGUAGAAGAUAAAGGAAGAGAGCUUCAAAACUGCAUUGAGCAAUGCAUCAGAUGUGUUGAGGACAGAGGAUUUAUCAACUACUAUGGAGAACAGCGCUUUGGAGCCUCAUCGGUUGACCCAAGCAAGGCACUAACAACUAUAUCCCCAGCAGAUGUAGGAUGUGCCAUGCUUCAGGGAAAAUAUAAAGAAGCAAUUGAUCUGAUUCUAUCUCCAGAUGAUGGACCUUGUGCAGACCCAUCCAAUGCUACCAAUGUAGCUAAACACUGCUUUCAACAAACAGGCUCCCCAAGAGAAGCCCUCAAACAGAUGCCAACUAUGAAAACCAGAGAGUGCCUUCUACUCAAGGGUCUUAAUAGACAUGGAACUGAUGAUGAUGGUUGUAUCAAAGCUCUGAUGAACAUCCCUCACAAUAUGAGGCAGAUGUAUGUCCAUGCUUUCUGCAGCCUGGUUUGGAACCAAAUGGCAUCAUGGAGGAUGUGUCGUUAUGGUUGCCAAGUUGUGGAGGGUGAUCUUGUGUGUAUUGAAGACUUGGGAACAAAGGUACAUGCUGUAACUGAAGAUGAUAUCACCCAAGGCAAAUACUCCCUCACGGAGGUCAUGCUGCCGUUGCCAGGCAACAACAUCCAGUAUCCAUCUCACACAGCAGGAGCCGAGUAUCAGAGAAGACUUGAUGAGGCUGGACUUGGAGAAUGCAACUUCAGAAUACCUGCCCUCAAGCUCAACGUCCCAGGGGGCUACCGAAAGGUCAUUGCUCAACCAAGGAACCUAGAAUGGGGAUGGGGUGUCUCUAGGGAUAAGCAUGUAGACAAUGAAGAUGAUAGAGAAGAUUAUACCAGAGAUACAAAGGAUGCUCCAUUGCCUAGCAACCAUGCUGCAAGCCCUUUUGGGAAUACCAGUGAUGCCCUGAGCAGCAGUAGCAUUGUAACGGUAGGGUGCCCCAAUCUAAUGGAAGCAUCUGGGCGCCACAUGGAAUUGAGCUGUAAUGAAUCUGAUAGCGACCCUGCUGUGUGUUACUCUGAGAAAACUAAUGAAAUCAGUGCAGGCCGGCCCCUGGGGAGUCCUGCCUGUGUAUCUGAAUGCCACAUGGUUUCUUACUCUGCUGAUAUCAAAGAUGACUUCACUGCCAGUAUCUAUGACAAUACCCUUUCGACAGAUACCACCAAAGCCAUAGGGGGUCCCAAUUCUGCAGAUUCGCCAACCCUUUAUCAUAAUGAUAUUAGUCAGUCUUUGUGUCAUAGUAGAGAUAAAUCAUCUUAUACAAAUACGCAAUGUGAUGUAAGCCAAUCGUCAAGCCUGUCAUGUCAAAGAAAGACUCUUAAUUUAUCAUUUGACUUGCCAGCUUCCUGUUAUGCCACUGUAUUCCUCAGGGAACUAAAGAAAUCAUAGCAUUAUUUUCAAAUCCAUUGACGUACAUUCUAAUGCAACAAUCUUAUAGCUGGUCACUGUGAGUAGAACUUUUACUUAAAAUUGUGAACUUGAUUCCUUCAAUUGUAAUUUAUGCAAAUGUAUGCCCAAAUUUGCAUUAAAUGCUUGUUUUCCUGCAGUUUUUAUUCAAAAUACAUUCCGGAUUGUUUUGUAAAACUCUCCAAAAUGCAUUCGGAUUUCAAACUGCACUUUUUAAAUUUAGUCCCUGGCCAUAUUACCCAUUGAUAUUUUAUUUCAUUCACUUUUUGUUUGUUGUGCAUGGAGAGUUUCAAAUCUAAAUUGAAAUUUUCCAAUCAUGUGUUGACGCUCUAUUCUAUAAGUAUAUUGAAUGCAGAGAAUCAUCUUCAUGGUUAUAACGAAAAUAUCAAUGUAUUCAGUUUUGAAAUAGCAAUAAGAUAAAUUUGCAAAGAAUUUUGUGACAUUCCAGAAGGGAUUUCAACUCAUUUUAAGUGCAUUUUAGUAAUUCAAACUGUUCAUUCAUCGUCGCAAAAUCUAUUAUAAUAAUAAUAAUAAUAAUAGUGGCUACUUGUAUAGCGCGCAAACUUUGUAUCGGUCAGAGGAAAAAUUUACCAGCUUUAUACAUUUGUCAGAUACAAACAUAGUAAUGAAAACAUAUUUUCAAGAAGUUGACUUUACAAUGAAUAGCUGCAUUUCAGUUGAUCUUUUUUCAGCAUAAUGGAGGUAUGAAUAAAAAUAUGAUACAUUUUA